AUGGGGUUUCGAAGCCCAUAUGAAGGCGCGGGGGAACCGCGCUUGUUUGAGGUGUACGGCAGCAGUACACGACUGGCGUUCAGUCGUUAUUUUGUCGUGUCGCAUGUAGACGGCUUCCUCUACGUGUUGGACAAGUAUUUCUGCAUAUAUCGCCUUGUUCCGGCACGAGCUGAUUGCCAUGGAGUAGCGUCUUCUCUGCGGAACCAUUCUGCACCUGUCGACUCCCCUGGACGAGGUGGUGGGUGGGAAGCAAAUCAAGCUCGGGGACCAGGGGAUGGCAGGUCCUUUAUUUCAGAACACAGGCAUGCGGUGGAGUCGGGGCAUGUCUUUUCGGCGGAAGAUGACCAAGCAGAUGGGGGCAAGCUCCUGGUCCAGGUGCAGAUUGCUGAUGUAUUCUCGGCGUUGUUUGUUACCGACAAACCGAUCUUCUCCCAGCUGCUGACGGGAAGCAACCAGUACGACCAGCGGCAGCUGCAGGGGCUGCGCCAGAAAAGUUUACUGCUGAGCAACCGGCAAGAUGGUUGCUUGUACCUCUUCCUCAAAAAGUUCCUGAUCCGCGUCUCGCUGAAUGGAUCUGUCACCGUUGUAGGCAAUCUACUUCAGCUAGCCUUGUCUGCCGCAGCCAGAGUCCGUGCAAAUGGAGUUUCCGGUGCGGUUCCCAAUGGGACGUGCACAGGGUCGCAUCAGCCCCAAAAUGAGGUGGAUGCUGAAGCCUUCCCGAGCAACAAAUCCCUUUCUCCUACCUCUCAACUGUCGAGCCUUCACCAGCUGUGCAGGGAGUUGGGGUAUAGAGACGCUUUUCUGAGUGAUCUUGAACAAAACGCACCACAUUCCGACUGCGGGACGGGAGUCCAAGAAGAUAUUUUAGGAGCGUCACUGCCGGCGGAGUCUGUUGCGUCAGCUUCAUCUAGAGGCCUUACCUGGCAAGGCAUGAGGCCACUGCAACCGAGAGUGCAGUCUGUGGGCCGAACUAGGUCUAGUGCAAUCAGUUUGCUCGUAUCGGAGCGCCUGGAGGAUUUUCUCACUUGCCGAGGGGAAAACUGGGAAGUCAACAAUUGUUGCAUUGACGGUGAAGGCCAUUGCUUCUUCACCAUUACCCGUGAGAAGUUCUCGUCUCCUUUCGAAGAAAGAGGGAUGAUUUUCUGUUUGGAUACCAAAGGCACCGUAGUCCGCGCGAGGGUACUGCGUUUUGGCCGAGGUGUCUCUGACGACGUAGUUAUGGGCCUCUCUCUAACAGCACACCCUAGCUGUGGAUGCAUUCUCAUGAUUGCGAAGAGUGCUGCCUCAGUGCGUGAAAGCACACUUAGUCCUGCUGUCGCUCCUCUUGUUUCAUCGGCUGUAGCAUCGAACAUACCUUGCCACAGUGCCACUGAAGCGGGCAACGCGGGAGAACCCCCACCUGCAGACAGUGCAGGCCUGGAUGGCAGAGGUGACUCUGCCGAUAUGGAGGAAGGAGGGGUAAUAGCCGAAGAGGAGGUGGGCAUGGCAGGCAUACAGCUGACUGAUGACUCCCUGGCAGCUGCAAAUCCCGCUCUGCGCGGGCAGGGAACGCCAGACUUACGUCGUCGCCACAAUGAAAGUUUGCAGUCCCCGAUGCGCGAUCAAAAUCCUAGUGGCGUGGCCCAUUCCGAUACAAAUGGUGACAUUGAUGGCGGUGAGCAUAAGGGUGUCAGAAAUCACCUAUGCUCGCUUUCGUUUAGAGAGUUAGUGCAUCCCGGUGCUCUUUCACUAAGGUCUACUAGGGAGGUUACUGCUAGAAGCGGUGCGAUUUCAUCAAGCGACUUCCCCGUGUCCGUGGGGGGAGCCGCUGCUACACAAUCCAGCAGCACGCAACACACGUCUGGAGAAGCGGAAGCAUCGAAAGGGUUAGGAGAACACACGACGUGGUGGUUCUGCCCUUGCGACGAGGAUCCGACGUUUUAUUUCCCCGUUGCGGAGUGCAUUCAUGACGAAGCAAUCCACGAGGCAGCACAGUCCAUUUGCCGUCAGUACCGUGGGAGUCCGAGCAGCAGCGUUUGUAAGGCCCAUUUUGAAGAUACAACCGGAGCUGCGGUCCGGGAAGCAAAAGCAGCCGCGAGAGCAGCCUACACCGCAGAACGCAUGAUACUGCACAGCGUGGGCGCGUUAGCACGAAACGAAGACGAGUCUGGACUCGUCGUGAAUGCGACACGACUCGCCUGCAACGCAUCGAAGGGGCACACACACACGGAUGCCGACUUGCAUUCCGUGGCCCUUAAGACGCUCGGGGAUGCAGUUCUGGCCGCAGCCCGUGCCGAGUCUGUAGCCUGUAGUGGAUUUAUUUUGUGGCAACCGGGCGUGAAAGUGCGCCGGCCAAAAACAGGAGAAGAAGCUAUCAACUUUGGCUCUGCAAUACUUAUCCGUUCACGCACCACAAUCGGUCAAAAAGUAGCCUGCAAAGAUCUCAGAGGCCGUGAGCUGUCGGCCUGUGUGCCCCAUCGAGCGUUGGAGUCGAUCUCAGGCGAGCCUAUAGCAGUUAUUAGCCAGGACGCUCGCCAUCUGGAAGUUCGCGACGCCAUUAUGUCGCCGUUGGGGCUGGUUGUCGUCCCUGCAGAGGCUGCCAACCGGAUAGUCAAGCAAAGCUCUAACAGUUCUUCUGGCCGGUUGACAAGCCGCAACACGGUUUCGCUCACCUCGUUCUUGGCAUCCUUUGUCGUUGGUAACCCUACUGGCUUUACUGAGCGGGGUGCUCCCGACAGAGAAGAAAAUGAGGGUGGUAGUUCCGCAGCUUCCGCCGGGCAAGGUAGUCGCAGAGAGGAAAGCAGGCAGUCCGCUGCCGAUAUGCUCGUUUCCGAUGUCUCUACAGCUGCUACACCCGGCAUAGGGGCGUCUGUAAAUGCAGCAACGGCAGAAACCAACUCCCAUAGAGCCAUACCGGCAGUAAACAUUGUCUUCCUCAUGGACACGCUGCGUGUGUGUAGAUUUGCGGAAACACGACCAGCUACCAGUGCAAGUCCCUUGCGGAGUCACCAGCGCGAUGGUAGAACGGGGGCUCUCCAGGCAGGACGCGACUUGCACUUGUUGGGAUUUGCAGGGAUAGCCACGACUGGAGACACCACAGGUUUCCCACUCGGAAAUCCUGACAACGGCUGUACACAAGGGACAGGCAUUGCCCAUGAAACUGCUAGCGUCGGAGGCGGUCAUGGCACUGAGAAGUGCUCCCAGUCUUUGUUUAAAUCUGAAGAAGACAUGGAGUGUUCAUGUAAAACAGCUACUGCGUGCUUAAGUGCCUCCCACACUCCAGUGUUGCACUCUCAAUUUGCUGAUGUGGUGCUGCUGUGCGCCAAUGGAGUUGAGCUACUUUCUCACCGAGCACUGCUGGCGGCACGCUGCUCAUUUUUCGAGGCCAAGCUAACACGGCCUCACUGGGAGGGACGCGGGGUUGAAAAGGUUGUGAUUGACCUACGCGACUUUCCCGGUUCAGUCGUUCAGGCGACUGUAAAUUACUUCGAGGUGGGAUACUUUGUCAUCCCUGCCUCGUGUUGCUGCCAUGUGUGUUGUGUAGAAGAACAGCGAAGAAGUGGCGGUGAACAGUUCCACUUCCCCAUUCAAAGAGGGCUCCCUCCGUACGAGUCUCACUGCUGUUGCCAAGUGGAUUGGGUUCUGCAAGCAUACACCUUUGCAGCGUAUUGCCUCCUUCAAGACCUACAGGCUGAUCUAAUCUGUGUCCUGGCCCGUCUGAUUUCCCAGCGAACAUGCCUAUAUGUGCUAACGCACCCAGCAGUGCGAAACAAACAGCAGAUUCUGCAGCUGGCUGCCCACCAAUUAGUCCACCAUAUGCCAAUGCCAAGCCUCCUUCUCGAGGGAGGUACCUGGCCAACAGUGGACUCGCAGAAUCAUUCAGUUGGUAGCGACUCGUCACAACCAGAAGAUCAGGCCCACUCAAUGAAAGAUGCUGAACUUCGAGAGCCGGAACGGAAGCCGCUUUUGCCGAUGCUGCUCAAUGAGGGUCUCUAUGAAGCAACGACCACUGCACUUUGUGCCUGGGUUCUUGGGUCAGGGAAAAACGCGUUGCUGCUGUCGAAGCUACAGCUCAUUCGCUGUGGAGACACAUCGUCUACUCCGCGUAAACGUCUUCUGCUGGUAUUGCUCGCCCUUAGACUUGCGCAGGAGAGCAUAUUAGCACCUUUUCCCUAUUCUCCGUCAAGAUUGUUCGGGGAUUCAUCACAUUCACCUCGCGGGGCAUCAAGGAGCCUGUCAAGUUGGGAGUGCAGCCAUUCGGGGACAAAUCAGAGCGUAUUGCUACCGCCGAUGUCAGAAAAUACAUGUCUCGUUGUCCCCUUGCGUGAAUCACGAGAAAAAACGCGGUGCUUCUUGUUCAGAGAUAUCGUGUUCCUGUGGGCAAAAUUAUUGCAAGUCCCUGAAGCGGACGCGAAAGCUGUGGCUCAGGCAGUGGAUGAUUCAUGCCUUCCAUAA